CUUCCCUUCAUUGCUAGCUCACUGAGUAAUAAGUAAUAACGUUAUCUCAAACACACAGAGCUUACUUCCUUACUUUCGCUCCGAUACUGGUCAGUCGUAUUUCAUCUCGAAAGCUAAUCAAAUUCGAAACUCCACAAACCAGCUUGGCCAUGAAAAGAGGCAGAGAAGAUGAGCAGACCAUGGACUUGGUUGGUUGCUUGAUGCUGCUAUCCAAAGUUGGCCAAAAUGAUUCGUCCCCAAUCAAAAAACAAAAGACCUCUGACCGUGCCUUUGUUUGCAAGACAUGUAAUCGCGAGUUCUCAUCGUUCCAAGCCCUCGGAGGCCACAGAGCGAGCCAUAACAAGCCGAAACUAAUGGCCAGCGGAGCCACAGACCUUUUACAGCUUGCUCAGUUGGCGCCUAUCUCACCGGCAAAGCCCAAGACCCACGAGUGCCCUGUCUGUGGGCUUGAAUUCGCAAUCGGGCAAGCGCUUGGAGGACACAUGAGGAGACAUAGGGACGUUAUGAAUUCUGCUUCUGCCGAUCGAGUUCGGGCAGCAGCCGUGCCGGUGUUGAAGAAAUCCAAUAGUAGCAAAAGGGUGUCGUGCUUGAAUCUGGAUUUGAAUUUGGCACCACCCGGAUAUCAACAUCACUACGAUUUAACGAAGUUGCAGUUGAUUUUUUAAUAGUGUCUUGUGCAUACUGUAUCAUUAAUGUCCUCCGAUUAGGUUAGAUGUGAAUUUCUAUAGUCAGGAAUUCUUUAUUCGGUUGUCUACUAUUUACUAUUUAUACAAAUUUAGAGAGGAAUGGAUUAGUUUGUA